AUGCAAAUAACUGAGCCAAGCAAAAGUGUUGCUUCUCCCAGAAAGGGAAGCCUGCGCGACUCCCUGCGGGCCCGUGAAGGGUCGCCUGGCUUGGCCCCACUCUCCAGCCUUGCCCAUCCCGCUGGUACCAGGCGCGGGCGCCGGGCAGAGGAAAGGGAAACAGGGGAGGUUUUCGGGGGAGGACCCAGGGAGGGCGGCGCUCAGGAAGGUGGCGGGCCGGCGGAGGAGGACUUGGGUCUGGACGCUGCCAUCGGGUGGCCGGCGCCGCGGCGGCCCCUCCCCCGCUGCCCCUCCCCCCGUCUCCUCCGCCCCCCAUCCUCCUCCCGGCCCCGGCAGCCGCGGCUCCUGGAGCAGCCGGCGGAGCGGCUGCGCAGCCUUUGUCUCGGCGCCGCCGGGCGGCGGGGCCCAGCGCAGGCAGGCCACGCGGGGACGGAGGAGGCACAGAGGACAGGCAGUGAUGGAGAAACAGGAGAGGAGCUGGCCAGCGUCACCAUCACCAUCACCACCAUCACCAUCAGCAUCAGCAUCAGCAUCACUGACCGUCGCCCAUCCCAGCUCCCCCAACCUCCCCUCCCCUCUCAUCCCUGUGUAACGCCAACUUUAUCCGAUUAUUUCCUUUUCAUGGGUGGUACUUUGAAAAAGCGACAGAGUGCCUCACAUUAGGAAUAAGUACGUCUGCUGUGGGACGUGCAGCCAUCUUUUGGUUGCCGGUUAGCUGCCUCAGUUUUCCCAUCAGGAAAAGGGGCACAGUGAUGCUACUUUCCUCACAGACUGAGAUGGCUGGGG